ACGCCGCGCCUGGCGUCGGGACGCCACCGGAACGGUCUCUUGGCCUGAGUGCACGUCCGGCGAACGCAUCGAUAACGAUCCCUUAUCAAUUAAUUGUAGAAAAAGUUCAUUUUGAAAGGGUCAUUCCAAAAUUUAACGUACCAUAGAUCAGAAAAAUCAUAAGAAAAAACAAACGGAGAAAGAAAACGCGCGCAAAUAGAAAGGGCCGAAAUGGACAAUUGACGUAAUCCAGAGUGCAUCGACUUCAUACGAUGGUAUUAUUACAGGGUCCUUAAUUGUUGCGACCUCUUGGAUUUUCGUCUGCAAAUUAUACAGGGUAAUGCUUUCCAAUAUGACUGGAACAGAUUAUGGUGCUGAAUUCGUGUCCCCUGUGACACUAAGUUCCGAUUGGUCAAGGGUCGCCCGGCUGUUACUGCUGUCCUCAAUGUCCGCAAUAGGAAGCAUAGGAAAUGUAUUCAUGAUCAGCGCCGUGAUGAUCGAGGACUACCUGAGGAAAAGAGGAAACGCGUUCGUCGUGAAUGUAGCAUUGGCGGAUUUGCUGGUGUCUGGAUUACUGGUUCCGGCGUCGGCGGUUAUGAUUUUGGCAGACCUUCCGGAAACGCUGACGGUCUGCAAAUUCCAUUGGUUCCUUGCCGCUCUAUGCUUCUUGGUGACGGUCCUUUCAAUCGCGGCAAUUGCCGUGGAGAAUUACAUAAGGUUAUGCUGCACGCCGCGUGUCUAUGAAGUACUGACUCCAUGCAGGAUAACUACAAUCCUGCUCACCAUUUGGACUGUCUGCGCUAUAACAUCAGGUCUGCAAUUCACAAGCGAUCUAUCGUUUGACUAUUGCAGGCGUAAAUGGAAAGGGUUAUUUCCAUAUCAGGCAAGCGUCGCCGUAAUCUUCGUCCUUGUGCCCUUGACUCUAACUCUAUUUUGUUACGCUAAGGCGAAAUACAAGAUACGCAUGGUUAAGUCGAGACCGAGCUUCAAGCCGCCGGUCACUUUCGGCUGGGAUUACAACCUAAUGCUCACGAACAUUUAUAGUUUUGUUCUGUUCAUUGUAUUCUGGCUACCCUUCGGCGUUGUACUCGCCCUCGACACUACUGUUAGAACGGUAUCCGACAACGUGUUCUAUCACAUCGCAUGGUUUGCAAUCAGUAAAUCCUGCGUCAACAAUAUACUGUAUUGUGUAACUAAUCGGCACUUCCGUGGCGCUUACGUGAACCUCUUUCACUAUUGUUGCUGCAAAACGACCGUAUCUUUUUCGCGGCGUCAGCGGCCGGAUGGUACCCGGCCUUCCGGUGAUGUCAGGGUGCACAUUAUACCCGGAUACAACAUGUAUUGUAGUCCACAAAGGGGCAGAGAAGCGCAGGGAAAACGCUGCUCUGGCCGCCUGAACGGGCGAGACGUGUACGAGUUAUGAUGAGACGAAUUCCGCC